CUUCCCGGCUGAAAGGCUGAAAAGGGAAAAGCUCCUUUCGACGCAAACCGACAGCAACAGAUCCGACAACGACAACGACUACGGGUGCCCGGACACACGAAGCUCGUCAGAGGAAAUCAUGGAACAAAUCAGGCUGCCAGAAGCCAAAGAAGCAGCGACAGGCGGCAAAACAAAUUUAGUGUAACAAUAGCAACUGCCGACGACGCAACACGGAGUCCGGAUUCCGGAAAAGUGAGAGGCCCCGAAAAAACGAAAAGUUUUGCGAAACCAAUUUGGACGAUAGACAGGACGACAGGUCCUAAGUGACUGCCGGCCUCACCAUGUACGGAAUGCUGUACGAGAGCGUGCAGCACUACAUCCAGCAGGAGUACGGGAUGGACACCUGGAAGAAGAUCUGCCAGAUUGUCGACUGCAAGCACCAGAGCUUCAAGACCCACCAGAUCUACCCGGACAAGCUGAUGCCGGACAUUGCCGCUGCUCUGUCCGCCUGCACCGGCGAGUCCUUCGACUUCUGCAUGAACUUCUUCGGAAGGUGCUUCGUGCGCUUCUUCAGCAACUUUGGAUAUGACAAGAUGAUCCGCUCCACGGGGAGGUACUUCUGCGACUUCCUGCAGUCCAUCGACAACAUCCACGUGCAGAUGCGGUUCACCUACCCAAAGAUGAAGUCGCCCAGCAUGCAACUGACCAAUGUGGACGACGAUGGGGCCGUCAUCCUCUACAGGAGCGGCAGGACAGGCAUGUCCAAGUACCUAAUCGGGCAGAUGACUGAAGUGGCCAAGGAGUUCUAUGGCCUGGACAUGACUGCGUAUGUGCUUGAGAGCCAGAACGACAUCUGCGGAGGAACCGCGGGUCCCAUCAAGCUCACGGAUGGGCCGUUGACGGUCAUCGUCAAGUACCGACUGGACUUUGAUAACCGGGAUUACAUGAGCAAGCGUGUCAAUGUCAUCGCCCAUCCGUCCCAGCUGAAGAUGCCCUCGGUGGACCUGAACGUGUUCCUGGAGCUGUUCCCCUUCACCAUAGUCCUCGACCAUGACAUGCGCAUCACUCUCGCCGGCGAGAAAAUCAUUGAGACCUGGAUUCUCCAUAAUCCGGGGGUGAAUCCGAAGAGUUUCAUUGGGAGCCACAUCCUAGAGCGGUUUAAGUGCCGGCGGCCCAAGGAUACGCUGAUCCAAUGGGAGACUAUGAUGCAGAUGCGUACAGUUCUCUUCGAGUUCGAGCUCAUUCGAACAGGACACAACCGCGCCGCCUACGACGCGGCUCUAAACAUCGACUUUGACAACUUCGACGAGGGAAGCCUUAACGAGGCCCAGUCCAUGGCUCUGGCCAGUGCCCAGGAGCUCAGCGCCGAGAAUACCAAGGACGAAGCAGUUGCUGGAACAUCCAAAUCAAAGGAGGAGAUCGAUCCCGCCACCGGACAGCGGCGCCACUCUGUCGGCCUAAGGUCCAUUCUGCUAAAGGGUCAGAUGUUCUACAUCAAGGACGUGGAUUCGCUGAUCUUUCUCUGCAGUCCGUUGAUCGAGAAUCUGGACGAGCUGCAUGGGAUUGGACUGUACCUCAACGAUCUUAAUCCACACGGUCUCAGUAGGGAGUUGGUCAUGGCCGGAUGGCAGCACUGCUCCAAGCUGGAGAUCAUGUUCGAGAAAGAGGAGCAGCGCUCCGACGAGUUGGAGAAGUCAUUGGAGCUGGCAGACUCCUGGAAGCGGCAGGGAGACGAGCUGCUCUACUCUAUGAUCCCACGACCCAUUGCCGAGCAGAUGAGAAAGAGUGAGGAGCACGUAUGCCAGAGCUUCGAGGAGGUAUCCGUCAUUUUCAUCGAGGUUCUCAACGUCUAUGACAGCAGCUCCAACAACAUCCAAGAUGCCAUGCAGGCGGUGACCACCUUGAACAAGGUAUUCUCUGCGCUGGACGAGGAGAUCAUCUCACCGUUCGUCUACAAAGUGGAAACCGUGGGAAUGGUCUACAUGGCGGUGUCGGGAGCUCCAGAUGUGAAUCCCCUGCAUGCAGAGCACGCGUGUGACCUGUCUCUACGUGUAAUGAAGAAAGUCAAAGCCCAUGCCCUGCCCGGCGUGGCCAUUCGAGUGGGCAUCAACUCCGGACCAGUGGUUGCCGGGGUGGUGGGCCUUAAAGUGCCCCGGUACUGCCUUUUCGGCGACACGGUCAACACCGCCUCGCGUAUGGAGAGCAGCAGUGAUCCCUGGAAGAUCCAGCUCUCCAACUAUACAGCCCUCAAGGUGCAAAAAGUGGGCUACAAGGUCGAAGCUCGAGGGUUUGUCAAGGUCAAGGGCAAAGGCGAGAUGGAGACCUAUUGGCUACUGGAGGGACCAGAAUAACUUUGAUUCGUCUGUAGUAAUCCAGGGCACAUACUUUUCUAAAAUUUUAAGAGAAUUAACUAAACCCCAAAAGGUACAAG